CAACGCGCCGCUUAUGUUGUCAUUGUACAGACCAGUUUUAGCUUGUGUUUACUGGUAGCAGAAUAAUAUGGUACAUUCUCGGCUGCAACACGGAACAUAAGUUGCAUGUUAUGAAAUAAAACUGCCAGUAAUAUGUCGACUGACAUUAGCAGAUGCCACUGGAAAAAUGACCGCUAAUUUAGCUGCUGUCGUGUUCGUUAUCUGAAAGAUUGUUUAGCCGUUCAGCUUAACUGCUGUCCAGAAAUGAUGCCGCAGAUUUCAGUCAACUACAUUUUAUUAGGCGGACAGUUCUUGCUGCUCUUCACAGUGCUGCUAUUACAGUGUCUAGAAGGGAUUCACUCGCAAAACUCAACCGAGGCACCCGGGAACAGAGUAACGACCAGCAAAACAGUUGUACUCGGCAAUCAUCAACCAGAAGGAAAUGUGACGAGGAGUGUUACAACGUUACCUGCUGAAAUAUCAAAUCACACGGAGCAGUAUGAGUACAGCCCUCCAUCACCUGUCGUCCUCUGUCGAUAUCUACCAGAGGAAUUCAUAUUUUGUCAAGAUCCAGUCGAUCACGGAGGAAAUUUCUCUGCCUUUCAGGAACUGGGCUAUGGAUGUGUAAAGUUUGGCGGUCAAGUGUACAAAGAUGUCAACCAUACCCUGGUGUUAUGUACGGCACUGGAUGGCAUAGAGUGCGUUGGACCACGGGAGUUUCUUAGAGGCAAUGAGCCAUGCAUUAAAUACACAGGACACUACUUCAUCACCACCCUACUGUACUCAUUUUUCCUGGGAUGUUUCGGCGUCGAUCGGUUCUGUCUCGGACACACUGGAACUGCGGUGGGAAAGCUGCUUACCCUGGGCGGUCUUGGCAUCUGGUGGUUUGUGGACCUCAUUCUCCUGAUAACAGGAGGCCUGACCCCCAGCGACAGCAGCAACUGGUGCACUUUCUACUGAUUUAAAGUGGUUGUAUCUGAUUCACCUUUCUCAUGCUCACAAGUUAUGAGUUACACUGUAUGCAUGUGGGCAUACAAUGGGCCUUAUUUGCCAUUAUUAUUUGUAAAAUACUGUUCUCUCUUGUUUCUUUUGUAAAGUGUUUAUGUGAAGCAGUGUUGUAAAUAAAUGUCAUCUUCAAAGACUAGAACUCUUAAUUGAUAUAUACAUUUUUAUGUUGAUCUGAGUGUAAUCUUUAUCAAACAAACAACAUCAAGUCCUCUCGGAAAUAAGUUUGAUAUUUUCUAAAUGGACUACACUUUUCUGUCUUUGUUCUUUACUGUUGUAUAGUCUUUCUGAACAUGCUCCCAAUUACAAAAUGAUGUUUAAAAUCAAAUCAAGUUUUGGUUUUCAGGACCGGAUUGCAGUCGAACCAGCUGCAGAGAUGAUACAGAUCUUGUUUUAGACUGAAUACCUACAAAGAGCUGUCAACAGACAGAUGUUAUGAAACAGCUUGCAAUUAAAAAUACAUACAAUAAUAGACACUAGGAAACAUGCAUCCCUAGGCAGAAUUCCCAUGGCUUUUAUCACACACCAUUCAAAAAGCAAUUUGUUGAAAAACUGUAAAAAUUGUCUCUUUCAUUUUCCGUGGCUUGCAUGUGUUAUGUAUGUAAGUGAUUUAUUUACUGAUGAACUGUUGAAAAAAACUAGCCACUUUGGGAUAUGUUGCAACUCAUCCAAGUGUAUUGCUUUAAAACAA